GGGCUCCUGACGGACGCCGUCCCUCCUCGGCGCGGCCUGAGCGCCCGGCCCGACCCCCGCCAUGGCGUGCUGCUACAGCAGCGAGAACGAGGACUCGGACCAGGACCGAGAGGAGCGGAAGCUGCUGCUGGACCCUAGCAGCCCACCCACCAAAGCCCUCAAUGGAGCCGAGCCCAACUAUCACAGCCUGCCUUCCGCUAGCACCGACGAGCAGGCGCUGCUCUCCUCCAUCCUCGCCGAGACAGCCGGCAACAUCAUCGACGUGUCUGCUGCAGACUCCCAGGGCACGGAGCGGCACGGGUACAUGGACCGGGCGAGGCAGUACAGCACCCGCCUGGCUGUGCUGAGCAGCAGCCUGACCCGCUGGGAGAAGCUGCCGCCGCUGCCGUCCCUCACCAGCCAGCCUCACCGAGUGCUGGCCAGCGAGCCUGUCCCCUUCGCCGACUUGCAGCAGGUCUCCAGGAUAGCUGCUUAUGCCUACGGUGCACUUUCUCAGAUCCGUGUGGACGCAAAAGAGGAGCUGGUUGUGCAGUUUGGGAUUCCAUGAAGAGAGGGGCCCCUGGACAGCUCUUCCUCUCCUCUCUUCACUCCGUCUCCACCCUGCCUCCCCUGGCCCCCAGCCUCAGUGUGGCU